AUGGUGAACACUUUGUGGUUCAAAUAUUUUAUAAACAGCUUCACUGGAGGAACAGCUAUGAACUGCCUUUUACUGAUGAGUUUGCAAAUCGUUCAGACGUGGCAUUCGAUUCAGGGAUCAGCGAACCCUGGUACAAACAUUGAAUCACGUGAAGACCGUUCGCUGGUUGCCUCUUUAUAUAUAUAUCUUUAUGGUGCGUCGCGGCGUCGCCUUUGCCUCGAUUUUUCUUUAUCUUCCACGUGUAUUUCGCUUGUAAGCGCCUUCGCGUACCUGGUUCUCAUGGCCUCUCCGAGGUUCGUCGUUCUUACAGGUUCGCCUGGUGUUGGCAAAACCACUAUUGUAAAGAACGCAGUGAAGGCUCUUACUGAUCAAGGUAUCACUGUCUCGGGCUUCUACACGACAGAACUACGAGAGAAUGGAAACAGAAUUGGAUUUGAUGUCGUUACGACAGACGGCAAAAAGGCACCGCUAGCUCGGCUUCGCGAAAUGUGCCCCGGUGGGAAAGGUCCGUUUGUGGGAAAGUACUGUGUCAAUGUGCACGCAUUCGAAAACAUUGUCUUAGACUCUUUAAAAACGAAGUGUGAUGUACUUGUCAUUGAUGAAGUUGGCAAGAUGGAACUUUUCUCCAAGCCAUUUGGUAACCGAGUUGCUGAACUCUUUUCGGACGAAAACAACUGUAUUCUCGUCACUGUACCCGUGAGCACUGGAACGCUGUGCCUACCUCUUGUGGACCAGAUCAAAAGUGAUAAGUGCGCUAGAGUUUUGACCGUGAACCGCUCAAAUCGGGACCAUCUCGUGAAUGAAGUGUUGGACACUCUUCGAAGUGCUGUUGGAAAAUAAAAGUGUCCAAGUCGCUUGUUGUCGCUUUCCGAUUA